UUGUACAGAGUUUUAUGUUAUUGUGUUUUCCAUCACCAUCAUCACUGUUUUCCAACAUGUCAGAGAUGACGAUGAAGAAGAAACAGAUGAAGGAGGUUAUUGGGGUGAGGAAAAAGGAAGAGUCUUUGGUGGAAGUGGAAGACAUAGAAGACACACUCUCCUUCUCCAAAGAUGAGACCCUCGAACUCAGAGUGGCUCUUUUGGAUUGGUAUGAUCUCAACCAAAGGGACCUUCCUUGGAGGACCACCUUCAAACAUGGCCAUGAAGAUGAUGAAGAAAAAGUGGAAAGAAGAGCUUAUGGCGUGUGGGUCUCUGAGGUUAUGUUGCAGCAAACGAGGGUUCAGACUGUUAUUGCCUAUUACAACCGUUGGAUGCAAAGAUGGCCCACCAUUCACCAUCUUGCACAAGCUUCUCUUGAGGAAGUAAAUGAGAUGUGGGCAGGUUUGGGCUACUAUCGAAGAGCUCGUUUUCUUUUAGAGGGGGCUAAGAAAAUAGUUGCAGAAGGAGGCAGAAUUCCUAAAGUUGCUUCUAUGCUACGAAAGAUUCCAGGAAUUGGAGACUACACAUCUGGAGCAAUUGCUUCUAUUGCAUUUAAAGAGGUGGUACCUGUUGUUGAUGGAAAUGUGAUAAGGGUGAUUGCUAGACUAAGGGCCGUUUCUGCAAAUCCAAAAGACUCAGUAACCAUUAAGAGAUUUUGGAAAUUAGCAGCUCAGUUGGUUGAUCCUCUUCGUCCUGGGGACUUCAAUCAGGCUCUCAUGGAACUUGGGGCAACUGUAUGCACCCCUUUGAACCCAAGUUGUUCCUCAUGUCCAGCAUCAGAAUUUUGUCGUGCGCUAUCGAUUACUAAACAUGAUAGUACAAUUGCAGUAACAGAUUACCCUGUUAAGGGUGUGAAGGUUAAACAAAGAAGUGAUUUUUCUGCUGUAUGUGUUGUUGAAUUACUUGGAGCUGAAACAUUGUUAGAUGAAAACCAGUCUAGCAGCAAAUUUAUUCUUGUAAAACGGCCUGAUGAAGGAUUGCUUGCUGGUCUCUGGGAGUUUCCAUCAGUCUCACUGGAUGGAGAAACUGUUGCAUUGGCUAGAAGAAAAGCAAUGGAUAGCUUCUUGAAAAAGGAUCUCAAAAUUGACAUCAAGAAAACUUGCAAUAUAGUUUUGAGGGAAGAUAUUGGGGAAUUUGUUCACAUUUUCAGUCAUAUUCGUCUCAAGUUGUAUGUUGAAUUGCAAGUUUUACAAUUGAAAGGGGGAGUUGAUGAUUUGUUCAAAAGCCAGGACAAAGAAACUACAACUUGGAAAUGUGUUGAUGGCAAUGUGCUUUCUAGUAUGGGACUGACAACCAGUGUAAGAAAGGUGUAUAACAUGGUUCAAAAAUUUAAGCAGAAAAGUGUUCCUUCUAACUGUGUGCCAACCAAGAAGAGAACGAGAACAACCAAGAGAAACUAGCCUAGUGGAUCAGAUUCGCUG